AUGGCGCUUACAUACCAGCAGUCGAAACUCGUCAAGGACACCAUCCCGGCGCUCCGGGAGAAGGGGGAGCAGAUCACCACCACCUUUUACAAAACCAUGCUGCGGGACCAUCCGGAGCUCAACAACUACUUCAACAGCGUCAACCAGAAGAACGGGCGGCAGCCGCGGGCGCUGACGUCGGUCAUCCUCAGCUUCGCCUCCAACAUCAACCACACCAGCGAGCUGAUCCCCAGGCUAGAGCGCAUGUGCAACAAACACUGCUCGCUCGGCAUCCAGCCGGAGCACUACGGCAUCGUCGGGAAAUACCUCCUCGGCGCCUUCGGGGAGGUCCUGGGCGCGGCCAUGACCCCGGCCGUGUUCGCCGCCUGGGAGCGGGCGUACUGGCUGCUCGCCAAGAUGCUGAUGGGGCGGGAGGCGCAGCUGUACAAGGGCUCCGAGCAGUGGCCGUCGUGGCGGGAGUUCCGGGUCGACAGGGUGGUGCGCGAGACGGACGACAUCUACUCCUUCUACCUGGCGCCGCGGGACGGCGAGAAGCUGCCCCGGUUUCUGCCCGGCCAGUACGUGUCGCUGCGGAUCCGCGGGCCCGACGGCCACAUGCAGGCGCGCCAGUACUCGCUCAGCGAGGCGUGGCGGCCGGACUACUACCGCAUCAGCGUCAAGCGGGACGAGGGCGCGCGCUACGCCAACUCGGUCUCCGCGUCGUACUUCCACCCGGGCCUCGUCUCCAACGCGCUCAUCGACCACCACACGGUGCCCGGCUCGGCGGCGGCGGCGGCGGCCGUGGUGGAGCUGUCGCACCCGGCGGGGGACUUCUUCCUCGACGUGGCCAACACCAGCAGCAUGCCCAUCGUGCUCAUCUCGGCCGGGGUCGGCGCGGCGCCCAUGGUGGCCAUCGCCGACACGGUCGCGGCGACCCAGCCGGGGCGGGCCGUGUCGUGGAUCCAGGGCGCGCGCACGGGGCCGGUGCCCUUCGCGGCGCACGUGGCGCGCCUGCGGCGGGAGCACGGGGAGCAGCACCACGGGCGGGCGGCGUCCUUCCGCGCCGCCGUCUUCCAGACGCGCCCGGCCCCCGGAGACGUCGCCGGCGUCGCCUUCGACCACGCCGGCCGCGUCGACCUCGCCCGGCUCGACCCCGUCCGCGACCUGCACCUGCGCAGCUCGGGCGCCGAGUACUACGUCUGCGGGCCCGAGGCCUUCAUGGUCGACGUGUCGGACUACCUCCGCGCCCGGGGGGUGGGGCCCGACCGCAUCAAGUUUGAGCUGUUCUCGACGGGCGACUUGGCGUCGAAGCGCCCGUGA